AAAAACUAAUGUGUAAUAUUUUAACAACUAAAUAGAAAUUAAAUCUAAAAUCUAGAAAUCAGAAAGUAUUUUUAGUCUGGACAUCUACAGUAAUUACUUUAAAAGUUAGAACAAUCCUGAACGGAAAUUAAUGGGAUAAUUUAGUGAAUGGAUAAAUAAUGCAUCGAGUAUUUUUCAUUCGAUAUUAUUAUUUAAGAGGGACCUCUCGAGAUAAAUAAAGAUUACAAAGAGGGCAGGUGAUUUUGAAGAGCGGGAGAACCGGAGAAGUAUCGUUGAGAGAGGGAAGAAUGGCGGGAUUUGAAGGCAUGGUGCAGAGCAAAGAGCAAGCGCAAAUGUCAUUAGGUGCCAUUAGAGACCAGUGGGAAAUUCAAUUCUCUCGCUUCGUUUGUUAUCCAAACAGCAGCUCCACCAACGGCAACCUCCGUCCUCUCCUUCCCUUUGCCCGAAAUCGCCCGCCUCGAGGCACAUGGAUCUCCUCGUCUUCCACUGUUUUCCUACAACUCCACCAUUGCUCCACCUCUGAUUUGAUUCUUGUCGUAUGCUUACGAGACAACAUCCUUGAAGAGCACUACCUUUCCAAGCUGCAUUUCUCAUGGCCUCAGGUGUCCUGUAUCUCUGGUUUCCCAGCCAGAGGCACCAGAACUAUUUUUGGAAGUUAUAGAGAUUCAGCUGACGAGAUCCAAAAGUUUGCCCUAAGAUUUUCGACAUCUUACGAAACUGAUUCGUUUGUGAACAUUAUCAAGGAAAUGUUGAAGAUAGCAAGUGAUAUACAGCCAAUUAGCUGCAAUUUCGAGUCUCAGAUUUCAACACAACACUCUGAGUUACUAUCACCAAAUAGACCGUCUGAUAGUCUUUCUGAAGAAUUGAGCAAUUCUACCGUCCUCCAGCCCUACACCCCUGAAAUGCCUUUGAGCUUACGAGAUACUGCCGAGACGUAUUCAUUGUCUCAGGAAAAUAAUGCACAUUUUGACCACUUUGACAGCAUCUUCGCAGCCUUGCCUCCCAGUUUUACUUCUAUGCUAUCUAACUUUUCAGAUGUCAAAAAAGAUCAAACUGCAACUCGAACAUCUGCUGCAAAAGAUGUUGAUCUGAAGUCUCAAAUCAUGCGAUGUAUGGGGGAUUCUUCCUUUCAAGAUAUGUUGAACAGAGUUGAGAAAAUUAUCAACGAAGUUGGAGGUGAUUUGGCGCUGUAAUUCUCAGGGCCAUAUGCACGACAUUUGACGUCGUGAGAUAUCCAUUAGCCCCCAUCUUCGGUUACAAAUUCGAGUUAGCACUUAUGGUCGUUAUCAUUUCCUGUCUUUUUACCUCUGGUUUGCCCGGAACAUUAGACUUAAUUUGACAUUUAUUGUCUUAAUUGUUAAUAUUAGCCCCAUUUUCUUGGUGAUAA